CUCUAGUCAAGGCCUUUCAUAAUUUCAUAGAAUCACGUAUUUUUUAUCGUUCGUUCAUAAAAAUGGUAUGAAAAACAACAUGGAAAACAAUAAAUGCAGCCAGUUAUUAUUAUCACCAUAAUCUUAUUUAAUUACUGAUAACAGAUUGGGCUCAUUUAAAAUCAUGAUCCAGUUUUGUGAACACAGAUAAAGAAUGGUUUAUCUGAGAGGAACUCCACAUGCUGCCGCAGUCCUCUUUACUGGUCUCAUGAUUGGUUUUCUCGUCGCCUACAUGAUUCUAGUACCAAGAUCGAGGCACUCUGUAUCCGACCCCCAUUCACAUCUGGACAUGGAGGACGAGAACGAACUGGAAACGAAUAUGAAUGUCAUCCGCGAGCAUCACGACGAAAUUGAUAACACCAUCGCCAAAGAGCUGGAAAAAAAAGUGAAAGUGUUGUGCUGGGUGAUGACAGGCCCGAAAAAUCAUGAGUCGAAGGCGAAACAUGUGAAGGCAACGUGGGGAAAACGGUGCAACAUGUUACUAUUCAUGAGUUCAAAAGAAGAUAACAAUUUGCCGGCGGUCGGGCUUCCAGUGGGUGAAGGAAGGGAGAACCUUUGGGCCAAAACUAAGGAGGCUUUUAAAUUUCUCUAUGAUAAUUAUUUGGAUAAAUACGAUUGGUUUAUGAAGGCCGACGACGAUACAUACGUGAUCGUGGAAAAUUUGAGACGCCUGCUUGAACCUUAUAAUCCCGACGAAGGUCACUAUUUCGGGCUUAGAUUUAAACCUUAUGUUGAACAUGGUUAUAUGAGCGGGGGAGCUGGCUAUGUACUUAGCAAAAAAUCGGUCCAAAAAUUUGUUGAAGAAGCGUUACCAAAUGGAAAGAAGUGCAAGAGUUCAAACAGCGGAUCAGAAGAUGUGGAAUUAGCCAAGUGUUUAACAAAUGUAGGUAUCUAUGCAGAAGAUACAAGAGAUGAAGAUGGCAGCUAUAGAUUUUUUGCCUUCAAUCCAGAACAUCAUCUCACACAUAAACGCGAUGAUGCAUUUUGGUAUUGGAAGUUUAUUUUCUAUGAACAGCCCACUGGGAUAAGUUGUUGUUCAGAUUAUGCGAUUAGUUUUCACUACAUCAAGCCUAGCCAGAUGUAUGUUUUAGAUUAUCUCGUUUACCAUCUUAGACCGUAUGGUAUAGAUUCUAUUAGCAAACCCAACGAAAGAAAGAAGGCGAGCAACACCGCGUGACGAAAAUUAUGAUGAAAAUUAAGUGAUAUGUAUAAAACUUUAAUCUACUACCAAAGAGUAAAAGAGAAAAAGAAACAAAUAAUAUAAUGUUCAAUGGUUUAAUCUUUAUAUAUUUGUACUCUUGGAUGAUACAUAUUAUGAACUAUUUUAGUUCUAAGACUGAAAAUAUUAAAUUAUUAAAAUAUUA